AUCACCAUCCCCAUGGCCUUCCUCUUCCUCAUUGUGCGGCACCUUUUCGAGACGUACGUGGCCACCCCACUGGCCGGGCUGCUGGGUGUGAAGGAACGCGUCCGACUGAGAGCCACCCCAAAUGCAGUGCUGGAGAAAUUCUACGCCGCCACCUCCAGGCAGCCCAAACAGGCUGAUGUGGAGAUGCUGUCGAGGAAGAGCGGCUGCUCCGUGCGCCAGGUGGAGCGUUGGUUCCGCCGCCGCCGCAACCAGGACCGACCCAGCCUGCUCAAGAAGUUCCGAGAGGCAAGUUGGCGAUUCACGUUUUACCUUCUUGCUUUCAUUGCUGGCAUGGCUGUCAUAGUGGAUAAGCCGUGGUUCUACGACCUCCGGGAGGUGUGGAAGGGGUACCCCAUCCAGAGCAUCCUGCCCUCCCAGUAUUGGUACUACAUGAUCGAACUGCUGCCCCCAAUUUCCCCCUCCCAGGUGGUGGAGGAUGAGAGGAGCGACCGGGAGGAGACAGACAACUCUGAGGAAGAAGAGGAGGUGAUGAAGAACGGCCCCCUGUCCAACGGCCACCCCCCCCUCCUUAACAACAACCACCGCAAGAACGACUGAGCGCCUCUCCCUGUGGCCAGGGGGGGGU